GGGCCGGGCCGGGAGGGCGGCGAUGGAGGUGGGCGCCGAGAGCUUUGCCGGCUGCCUGCCGCGCCUCAGGCGCCGCAUCCUCCGAGCCACCUUCGUGGCCCUUGAUAUGGAAUUUACUGGUUUGCAUUCAACUUCCCUACAAAACAACGAGCCCAGCCUGUUUGACUCCCCUGCGGAGCGGUACGUGAAGGCCAGGCAGAGUGUUCAGCGCUUCACUCUUCUUCAGCUUGGACUGGCAAUAUUCUCAAAAGAAAAUUCAAACAAGUAUGUGGUGCAUUCAUACAACUUUUUUCUCUUUCCCUCAACGCUGGGAAUAAGGGAUGUCGAAUUCACCCUCUCUGCAUCUAGUAUUCAGUUCCUGUCUCAUUAUGGCUUUGACUUCAACAAGUUCCUCAAAAAUGGAAUCCCAUACAUGAAUGAGGUACAGGAGAAGAUCCUUAGGCAGCACCUCUUAGCAGGUACCUGGAAGGUCUGCAGCACUAGUUGUGCAAACAGGGAUGUCCUGAAGAAAGCUAUUGAUGAAGUGACCUCUUGGAUAGACGCAGCAAAAGAAGAGGAUACUAUGAUUCUGCAGGAUCUGAAUGGCUAUCAUAUGCUUGAUGUUCAGCUGGUUCUGAGGCAGGCUCUCGAAAAUGUUUGGACAGAGCCUCUUGGAGACAAGAAGGUAAUGGUGAAAAAAGUGAGUCCAGAGCAUCGUCAGCUUCUGGAGAACUCUUCUCAUGACCACUGCCAGAAAAAGCUCAUUCUCCUGUCUGCACGGGGCUUCACCAACCUCUUCCAGAUACUUGUUAAAGCCAAGAAGCCCCUGGUGGGACACAACAUGCUGAUGGACCUUAUGCAUCUUCAUGACAAGUUCUACAGGCCCCUCCCAGAAAGCUAUGAGGAGUUUAAAAAGAACAUUCACAACCUGUUUCCUGUAAUCAUAGACACCAAGACUGUAACAAAAUCUGUGCAGAAGAAAUGUCUGUUUCCUCGAGUAUCUAGUCUUGCAGAGGUGUAUGCAGUUUUGUGCAGCAGCAACCUAAAUCCCAAAGGUCCACCGUGCCCUGUUAUAGCUCUUGCAAGUGGCUGCUCAAGAUACGCUGAGAAGAAAUCUCCUCAUGAGGCAGGCUAUGAUGCAUUUCUCUGUGGUUCAGUUCUUCUGAUGUCAGCUCAUUUGCUACUGUGCAAAUCCACAGAUGAUGCAGUGGAGGCUGAGCCUUCUUUUUCGCAGUAUCUCACCGUGUUAGCUGAGCAUGUGAACAAAGUGAAUUUCAUCCGAGGUGGUGUUUCAAGCAUUGUGCGUAUGAAUUGCAGGUCUGUGACCUGUUUGUGGGGUGCAUAGGUCAGUAGCCUACUUGAUUGCCUCCUUAGAGGAGCGGAAUCCACUGGUGCUGGGGCCCACCUUGGCAGAAGUUGCCAUCAUACCAGUGAUGCAGUGGACCUUUUAAAAUGGCCAGUGAGUUGAAUUUCUGCUUUGCAAAAUGUAUUCAUGCUGUUAUUCUGUAAGAUGGCAUUAGCCAGUCUACAUUGCUGUUUCUCAGGUAGUUUCUCCAUGGUAGUCGUGACAGUUUGCUUUUAUGAUGAUAUUUAGACAAAUCUUGGGGCAAAAAAAAAUUACACCACCAGCAGUAUUAUCAGCCUGCCAUUUAUUUGUUAUGUUCUGAAUAUUUUCUGAUUAUAAUACUAGUGCCUCCUAAUUCAAAUAUGUCUCAAUAUUGUACAUUUUCCAGAAUUUUUCUGGGGAAGAUGCUCCUUGCCAUCAUCCCCCUGCCUUGGUUGUUCAUGUCCGAGGCUGGCCAGGGCUGACAGAGAGACAGAUUUA